AUGUCGUCGCCUCAAGAUCGCGGUGGUGUGGUCGAAAGCUCUUCAAGUGACUCGCCAACUUUGUCGGACGGCGGAAAUGGGGGUGCGCCGCCACUGCCUCGCAAACCAAUUCCAAGGAAGGGACAUACCAAGUCACGCCGUGGUUGUUUCAACUGCAAGAAGAGGUACUUUUGGAGAAGAUCAAGCGCAGGUGUAUGUAUAAGGAUCAAAUGCAACGAAAGGCACCCUGAAUGCAGCCAUUGUAUCAAGGCGGGAUUGCAGUGCGAGUAUCCAGCGAACAUCAUUCAAGCGAUGCAGCGACCUCGACCAUCGCCACAGGCUCAGGAAGUAGGCAACCCGCGAUCAGCGUUGGGUAUUUUCUCUAUGGCGGAUAUGCGUUUGUUCCAUCAUUUUCUCAUUACAGCCUACCCGCACCUCCCUGUUGGAGCCGACAAGAUCUGGAUCACAGCGAUUCCUGGCUUUGCACACAGGUAUGAGUACCUCAUGCACUCGAUCCUAGCGCUAGCCGCGUCGCACUUGGAUGCUGUUACGCAUUCCGGUGUAGCCGAACAGGCCAUACAGCAUAGAAUCUUAGCUAUGAAGUCUCUCAAUGAAGCCCUCUCGGCACCUCCAAAGACCAGUUGCGAACGAGAUGCAAGAAUGGCCGCAGCCCUAGCACUUGCUUUCCAAUCAAGCCACUUACAGGAUGGUAUGGCAGAAUUCCUCACGAUGGUCCGUGGGUGCAAUCUAAUUGGAGGCGACGAGACGUCGUUGAGAGAUGACUCAAUCUUCAGUGCAUUCCGUGACGAUGGCCACCUCCACACAAUGCGAAUGCGCGUCGGGACGUCGCCGCUGACUUGCGUUAACCACGAAGAUCUCAACAUGGCCGCGUUAUCUCUCAACCUCAUCAAGGCUCUAAGCAUGUCGGACUGGGAGCUUUCAUAUUGGGAAAUACUAGUAUGCACAGUCAGUCAUGCAUAUGACAGUCCGGUAGAGACAUACACCACCUUCGUCAUGCUCUACAACACGCCAUCCCACUGGACCCAUGAUGAGUUUCAAGCCUUCAUAGAUCCCAAUAACAGCGUUGCACAAAUUCUCCUGGCUCACUUCAUCGCGAUCCAAGCUAUCCUUACACCAAUUCUUUAUCUUGAAAGAGUCGACUUUCAGGGUGUACAUGCCCCGACUGCGGUGCUGGGCUGGAUCGAAGGGAUAUAUUGGAAUGUACCAUGUCAUUUGAGGCACCACGUUGAGUGGCCCAGAAAAGUGUCUCGGUAUCCUUUUAUACGAUUUAUGGGGCAAAAGCAGGUCGAAAACUGCGAUACGGAUGCGCUUCUGGUUAAGAUUUGUAAGAGACUAUAG